AUGGGAAGGUUCAAGCUCGCCUUGCUGCCCGUCCUUCUCGUCGCGGUCGUCGCCGCGGUGGCCGGCGAUGAGCUCCGCACGUUCAUCGUCCACGUGCAUCCUCGCGAGAGCCACGUGUUCGGCACGGCCGACGACCGGACGGCGUGGUACAGGACGUUCCUCCCGGAGGACGGGCGGCUCGUCCACUCGUACCACCACGUCGCGAGCGGCUUCGCCGCGCGCCUGACGGAGCGGGAGCUCGAGGCGCUGUCCGGCAUGCCCGGGUUCGUCGCGGCGGUACCGAACCAGGUGCACAGGCUGCUGACGACGCACACGCCGCAGUUCCUCGGGCUGGACCUGCCGCAGAGCGGCAGGAACUACACCUCCGGGUUCGGCGAGGGCGUCAUCAUCGGCGUGCUCGACAGCGGUGUCUACCCCUUCCACCCCUCCUUCAGCGGCGACGGCAUGCCGCCGCCGCCGGCCAAGUGGAAGGGCCGCUGCGACUUCAACGCCUCGGCGUGCAACAACAAGCUCAUCGGCGCGCGCUCCUUCGAGUCGGACCCGUCCCCGCUCGACAAGGACGGGCACGGCACGCACACGUCGAGCACAGCGGCGGGAGCGGUCGUGACGGGCGCCCAGGUGCUCGGCCAGGGCUACGGCACCGCUUCAGGUAUGGCGCCCCGCGCGCACGUCGCCAUGUACAAGGUGUGCGGCGACGAGUGCACCACCGCCGACAUCCUCGCCGGCAUCGACGUGGCCGUCGGCGACGGCUGUGACAUUCUCUCCUUGUCCCUUGGCGGGCCGACGCUGCCGUUCUACAGGGAUGGCAUCGCCAUCGGCACGUUCGGCGCCGUAGAGAAGGGCGUGUUCGUCAGCAUGGCGGCCGGCAACGACGGCCCAGGUGUCAGCACGCUAUCCAACGAUGCGCCGUGGAUGCUCACCGUCGCAGCGAGCACCAUGGACCGUCUGAUCGUUGCCCAGGUGCGUCUCGGGAACGGCGCCACGUUCGAUGGCGAGUCCGUUUACCAGCCAAACAUCUCGACGACCGUCACGUACCCGUUGGUCUACGCGGGCGCCAGCUCAACGCCCGACGCCAACUUCUGCAGCAACGGCUCGCUGGACGGCUUCGACGUCAAGGGCAAGAUCGUGCUCUGCGACCGUGGCAACGCCGUCUCGAGGCUCGAGAAGGGCGCCGAGGUGAAGAGAGCCGGUGGCUUCGGCAUGAUUAUGGCCAACCAGUUCGCCGACGGGUACAGCACCAUCGCCGACGCGCACGUCCUCCCGGCGUCGCACGUCAGCUACGACGCCGGAGUUAACAUCAAAAAGUACAUCAACUCGACGGCGAACCCGGUGGCGCAGAUCAUCUUCAAGGGCACCGUCCUUGGCACGUCGCCAGCCCCGGCUAUCACUUCGUUCUCCUCGCGUGGGCCCAGCGUCCAGAACCCCGGCAUCCUGAAGCCCGACAUCACAGGCCCCGGCGUGAGCGUGCUCGCGGCGUGGCCAUUCCAGGUCGGCCCUCCGUCGGCGCCCCUUUUCCCCGAGCGGCCGACCUUCAACUUCGAAUCCGGCACGUCCAUGUCGACGCCGCACCUCAGCGGCAUCGCCGCGCUGAUCAAGAGCAAGCACCCUGACUGGUCGCCGGCGGCGAUCAAGUCCGCCAUCAUGACCACCGCCGACCCCACCGACAGAUCCGGGAAGCUAAUAGUCAACGAGCAGCACGAGCAGGCCAACUUCUUCGCCACAGGCGCCGGACAGGUGAACCCGGACAAGGCAAUCGACCCCGGCCUGGUCUACGAUAUCGCCCCCGCCGACUACGUCGGCUACCUCUGUGGCCUGUACACGAGCCAGGAGGUCUCCGUGAUCGCGCGCCGCUCCGUCGACUGCUCGGCCAUCACGGUGAUCCCGGACCGCAUGCUGAACUACCCGUCCAUCUCGCUGACGCUCCCGUUGACGACGAACCCCACGGCCCCGGUGGUGGUGAGCCGCGCGGUGAAGAACGUCGGCGAGGCGUCGGCGGUGUACUACCCCCGCGUCAACCUGCCGGGCAUCGUGCAGGUGAAGGUCGCGCCGAGCUCGCUGCGGUUCACCGCCGCGAACCAGGUGCAGAACUUCACGGUGUCCGUGUGGCGGGGGCAGAGCACGGGCGCCAAGUUCGUGCAGGGCUCGCUCCAGUGGGUGUCCGACAAGCACACCGUGAGGAGCCCCGUGUCCAUCUCCUUCGCCUGA